GUAAGUACUGAUGCGAGUGCCAAGAACAUCUUGAAAAUAAUAUUGGCAAUUUGGGAAUCAAAUACUAGCAACACAACCCGAUUUUCAAACUCUUCCGGUGUUCAACAACGUGCAAGAACGAGGGACAGCCUCAUGAUGCUUAUUUCGCCGAUAUAGGCGCUGGAUGGUGAUAUAUUUAGUACGAACACCAUCGGUUUACGUCCACCCACUUUGCCACUCGCUCACACUCACCCCUCGAACAUGAAUCUAGUCUCAAACGAUCCUAGUUGGCUGGUCGUCACUUUGAAUCGAUUUCACAGCUAUAUUGCAGUUGCAUCCUUUACUGCAGUGGUAUAUGAUUGGGCCUUAACCUUUGGACGAGAGGUUGAACUAGUUUGGAGGCAACACUGGUCCCUUACAACCAUUUUGUACCUCACUGUGCGCUAUGCUGGGAUACCAUAUGUUGUCAUGUUCAUGCUAGAAAGUCUUCCGUCAGUCCCGCUGACAGGUAUAGUGAGCAAUACUAUGUUUAUCGCACUAAACUGUAUGCAUGUGGUGGUUGCUGCCAUGCUGGGCGUUAUCAUGAUCACUCGGUUACAUGCCAUGUAUCAGGGGUCGAGAAAGAUGCUUAUAUUUCUCAUUGUGAUCCUACUUGUCCUCACAAUCGCCGGCGGAGUGACUACUGCAAUAGGAAUUAAGCGUAAUUCAGAGGACGCCGUUUCUAGCAUCUAUCAGUGCACUUAUAACUACGAUAGAGAUGGCCGUGUUCUGAUGUCCAUCACUUGGAUACUCCGCAUUGUAUGGGAAGUCCUCGUGAUGUGUCUUGUAGUCUGGAUUGUCAUAAAACAUUUCCGGCAAUUGCGACCAUCAUCGCAAGCCACGAUCAUCGGAGACUGUUUCGUGGUUUUGAUGAAGACUCACGCGGUGUACUUCGCAAGCUUUGUUGCUGGUUCUUGGUUGGCCCUUGGUUAUUUUUUCUCGACUGUCUCGGACUCGACUUCCAUGGGUCAUCACGGUGCUAUGAACAUCUUCUCGGUCAUGCAGAUGUUUGUGCUGGGGCCCCGCCUCAUCCUUAAUAUUCGAGGAUAUCAUGCUAAGCUCUUAGCUGAGUACGAGACAAGAACCAGGAUUCCUCCUCCAAAUAUUUCCCUCGAACCGUCAACUAGCGGUCCAAGUCAUGUGUAGUACUACUGCCAGUGAAUUCUGGAAACGCUUCAAGUGACAAACAGGGAGUAGAAGAACUUCGAUGCGGCACUAGGAUUCUGUGACCGACUUCUUGAGCUAUUAGCUGCUUGUACUCGACAGCUGUGUACUACUUAUACCCAAUACCUUAUGUUAUCAUCCAUUAAUUAUUGGGCCAUUUAUAUAAAGUUUCACUAUCAUAGAUCACGUUAUCUCGCUCCACUCUUGACUUCCAAUGUCUAUGUUCGCAAACACACAGACGCAUGCGCAUGCCUACGAAGUUGCUCUUUUCGGUGAAUUUUUCGCUCGGGA